AUGGCCGUGGCGGCCGCGGUGUCGUCGGCGUCGAAGACCUCCCCGCCCAGCGUGGCCAUGGGCGACUCGGAGCCACACCAUGGCCACAGCCGAACGCUGCGAAAAUCCCGGAGCCACUCCAUGGACGACAUUGAGAGCCCUCACAGACGGCAGGUGGUUACGUUCUUGAAGUCCGCCACCAUGGAAGUCAUCCUUGGCGUCCUCAUCAGCUGCAGCGUGGUCAUUAUUAUUUUAGAGACGGAUGCAACUGCCGACGGGUCAGCGGCGCCCGCAUGGAUGAGAUGGCUGAACAUGUUUUUUCUGGUGGUGUAUGCGUUCGAAGCAGUUGUGAAGAUCUACGCAUUCCGGUGCCACUACUUCCACGACAGCUGGAACCUUUUGGACUUCACAGUUGUGUGUUUGGACACUGUCCUGAUCGUUGUGGGCUUCUUCCAAAUCUCUAGCAGCGGAGUCUCCAUUGUGAGGAUCUUCCGGAUUUGCAAGAUGGCCCGGAUCUUCCGCGUCUUGCGGCAGAUCUGGGAGCUCAAGAUGUUGCUGAUGAGCUUUGCUGCAGCUGCCAAGUCGAUUCUCUUCGGCAUGGGCAUGGUUCUGAUCAUGGGGACCAUUUGGUCCGUGCUGGCUGUUCCGAGCUCAGAUCCGUGGGAUCCGUUGGUCGCGCCGAGGAACAAACUGCUGGUGCAAGGGCGCGAUGUGUCGGAUACGCAUCUGGAUCCGGAGCGGCAGCUGAGCGCAGGUAUGGAGGCGCUGAGGGCGCGCUCCAGGCAACUCUCGGGCACGCCAGAGCGGGAUGCGGAGCGGUCCAUGGAGUGGAGCGAUUUAACCUUCACGAUCGGCAGCCAUCAGAUUUUGACCAAGCUGUCCGGCAUGAUCUCGCCCGGCCGGCUGACCGGCGUCUUCGGACCUUCAGGCAGCGGGAAGACCACGCUCCUCAACAUCCUGGCGGGCCGGCAGAACACCAAAGCUGCCGGCAUGUCUCUGACAGGCGCAAUAACCACUGGGGGCGUGCCGGUGGACCCAGUCGUCUUCAGAGCGAACAUUGCCUACGUCAUGCAGGACGACUCCUUGCUUCCCUUCGAGACCCCCCGGGAAUGCCUCCACUUCUCGGCAUGCUUGCGGCUGUCCCGGAACAUCUCGGACGAGCAGCGGAAGGAGUUCGUCGAUAACUUGCUGGACACGCUGCACCUGAAGCGCUGCGCGGGCACCAUCGUCGGCUCGGAGCUGGUGAAGGGCAUCUCGGGAGGCGAGCGGAAGCGCACCUCCGUGGGCAUCGAGCUCAUCACAGACCCCAGGAUGCUCUUCCUGGACGAGCCCCUCAGCGGCUUGGACUCCUAUGCCGCUUACACCCUGGUGGUGGCCUUGAAGGAGUUGGCAGAUGCCAAUGUCCCCGUGCUUUGCACUGUGCACCAGCCCAGCUCGGAGAUCUUUGCAAAGUUCGAUGACGUCAUCAUCCUGCAUGCCGGGGAGAUCACGUACCACGGGCCAGCUGCAAAGAUCGCCGCGCACUUCGAGUCGCUGGGCUUCCCCUGCCCCUCCAACUUCAACCCGGCGGACCACGUGAUGUUUUUGCUGCAGAAGGACUCGCCAGACAAGCUGCGGGAGAUCAAGGACACCUGGCUUCAGUCCACACUGUACAAGGACAUGCGCUCCAAGGUGGAUGGCCUACAGGGCCGCGAGAGCCGCGGCGCCUCCGAGCGGAUUCCCAUCUCGCAGCGGACAGGCUUCUGCCAGCAGCUCUCCAUGCUGUUGGUGCGGGAGGUCCGGGGAACCAUCAGAAACAAGGGCGUGCUGAUUGCCCGCAUUGGCAUGGCGGUGUUUCUGUCCGUGCUCUACGGCUGGCUCUUCUCCGGGAGCGCUUCAAACGGGGACAAGCAGGGCGCGGCCAACGGCAACUGCGUGCCGAACAACUUCGACGCUGGCGAGUGCACCGGAGACUUCCAGGCACACUUCGGGACGCUGGUUUCCCUCAGCAUCAUGUCUAUGAUGGGCGCGGCCCAGCCUGUGAUCUUGCAGUUCCCGCAGGAGCGGCCAGUUUUCCUGCGGGAGUACGCAGCUCACCAGUACGGUGUGCUGCCCUAUUUCAUCAGCAAAACCAUCGUGGAGAUGCCGGUAGUGCUGAUGUCUCAGAUCGUGACCAUUGCAGUGACCUACUGGUGGAUGGGCCUGCAUGGCAACAUCUUGCUGCUGGUGGGCGUUUCCUGGCUCCUGGGCAUCGCCUCCUCUUCCCUGGCGCUGCUCGUGGGCUGCGGCGUGGCCUCCGCCCAGAAGGCCAUUCAGCUAGCGCCGUUGACGCUCAUCCCGCAGAUGCUGUUCUCUGGCCUUUUUGUGCCGGUGGCAAAGAUUCCGGCGAGUUUGAGAUGGGCGCAGUACCUGUGCCCAUUGAAAUACGCCAUCAACUUGAUGACGGUCGUGGAGUUUCAGUACAUCAAAGAAGCCAUUGAUGACUGCGAGAAGACCUUGACCAAGCAGCAGUGCCAGAUGUCCAACCCCGGCGACUACUUGCGAAAUCAGCUCGUAUCCGUACAAAGCGUUGUGUGGGAUGACUGGACCAAGUAUUUGCUGGCUCUGAUCGGAUUGUAUGUGGGUUUCCGAAUAGUGGCAACAGUCUUGCUGUGGCGCAAGGGGAAGUAUGUCUUCUGA